CGCCUGCUGACGUGGAGCUAGGUCCCGGAGGCCGAGCCCGGCACACCGCGGAGUGCGGGAGAGCCGCUUGGCUGGUGGAGCCGCGGCCGAGGCCGGGAUGGCGGCGCCGCUCGCUCCGCGCGGGGGAGCCGGCGUUGCCGGCCAGUGCUGGUUGGUGUUGCUGCCGCCCCUGUUGCUGGCGCUGCUGCUAGCGCGGUCCGCGGGGGCUCUGGUGGAGGGGCUCUACUGCGGCACGCGCGACUGCUACGAAGUGCUGGGUGUGAGCCGCACGGCGGGCAAGGCGGAGAUCGCGCGGGCCUAUCGCCAGCUGGCCCGGCGCUACCACCCCGACCGCUACCGGCCUGAGCCUGGCGACGAGGGCCCCGGACGGACGCCGCAUAGCGCGGAAGAGGCCUUCCUGCUGGUAGCGACCGCCUACGAGACUCUUAAGGAUGAAGAAACACGAAAAGAUUAUGAUUACAUGCUGGAUCACCCAGAAGAGUACUAUAGCCAUUACUACCACUACUACAGCAGGCGCUUAGCCCCUAAAGUGGAUGUUAGAGUUGUGAUUUUGGUCAGUGUAUGUGCUAUUUCAGUGUUUCAGUUUUUCAGCUGGUGGAACAGCUAUGACAAGGCAAUCAGCUACCUAGCCACAGUGCCCAAAUAUCGUAUCCAAGCCAUGGAGAUUGCCAAGCAGCAGGGGUUACUCAGAAAAGCCAAAGAGAAGGGCAGAAACAAAAAGUCCAAAGAGGAAAUUCGUGACGAGGAGGAGAAUAUCAUAAAAAACAUUAUAAAAAGUAAAAUAGAUAUAAAGGGAGGCUAUCAGAAACCCCAGAUAUGUGAUCUUCUCCUGUUUCAAAUUCUCUUAGCACCUUUUCACCUGUGCUCAUAUAUAGUCUGGUAUUGUCGGUGGAUCUAUAAUUUUAACAUCAAAGGCAAAGAAUAUGGAGAAGAAGAAAGACUAUAUAUCAUACGGAAAUCCAUGAAGAUGUCGAAAUCUCAGUUUGAUAGUCUAGAAGAUCAUCAGAAAGAAACUUUUCUUAAACGAGAGCUCUGGAUAAAGGAGAAUUAUGAGGUUUAUAAACAAGAACAAGAGGAAGAACUAAAGAAAAAAUUGGCAAAUGACCCCAGAUGGAAGAGAUACAGGAGAUGGAUGAAGAAUGAAGGGCCUGGACGGUUAACGUUUGUGGAUGAUUGAGGAUUGCUGGAAUGCUACUAUGCCAAACCUUAAUUGUGAUAUUUUCAUAACUGAAUUAUUUUAGAAAUGUAUCAACUGCUCCUCAGCAGUACUUAAAAUUCCUCAAAUAUUUGAUUAAACAGAAUAAUGUAGAAAUUUAAAUUUUCCCUUAAAACUUUAUACAUAAGACAUUUAUUAUGAUUGUUCAAUUUUUAUAAUCUAUUUGUGGAUUUUGUUAAAUGAUCUGACAUGAAGAUUUACUUGUUGCCAUUUAAAAUUUUUAUAUGUUUAGUUAAAAGAUUUGACAUGAAAAUUUAUUAGAUACCAUUUAAAAUUUUCACGUGUUGUUUAUUCUUUACAAGUGUUUCCUUAUUCUUUGUUAUAGUGCUACAUUUUUCUGCUUCCAUGGCCUCUAAUAUUUUCACAAAACAUAAAAAAUUCUAAUUACAUUGUGUCUUUAGACACGGACUUCUUUGGCAAAAUGAUUUCAACUGUCAUGUCAUCUCAUUAUAGUCAUUCUAGGAUUGAAAUAUGUUCAAAAUAUCUCUCUAGGAGAGUCUUCUGCCAGAAUGUGCUUAUACUAUUUUCCCCGUCAUAAUAUUCUUAGUAAGAUCAGAAACUCUCCAGGAGAGUGAAUCAACCUUCAUGUCCUUGUAGGAUGAUCUUGAUUACAGUCAUUAUAGGACUAUAACUGUAUUCUCGAACAUUUUUUCCAGGAGAGACCUUAAAAAGGUCUUUUGUACCACAGUAUUGCUUUCCCAAACCCCUUCAGUUUAAAAAAAAAAAAGAAAAAGAGCAGAAAUAGUGUACUGAAAAGUUGUUCAUGUAUUAUUAAGUCCUUGAGUCAUGAAAAAUCCAGUGUACAUGAGUGUACUUACAUGCAUUUAAACCAGAAAGAGGAGGUGCAUGGUUGUGUGCUAUUCUUUCAAACAGUGAAAUCUAUGUUUUAUACAUGUGGAAGUGAAAGUAAUUCACACAUAAAUUGACUGAAGCAAGUAUGAUAUUGCAUCGAAGUAUUGAUACACAAUCAUGAUAGUGAAUCAGUACUCCUGUUAAAGGAUUUAUCUCAUUGCUUCAUAUUAAUAAAAUGGUUGCAAUAUA